AUGCCACAAAGUCACAAACAUGAACACCUCUUCCUACCUGUCUCUCAUUUGAUCAUUCAUUCCUUCUUACCUAUCUAUCUAUCUAUCUAUCUAUCUAUCUAUCUAUCUAUUUCAGUCAGUUCAUAUCUAUCUAUCUAUCUAUCUAUCUAUCUAUCUAUCUAUCUAUCUAUCUAUUUCAGUCUGUUCAUAUCUAUCUAUCUAUCUAUUUAUCUAUCUAUUUCAGUCUGUUCAUAUCUAUCUAUCUAUUUCAGUCUGUUCAUAUCUAUCUAUCUAUCUAUCUAUCUAUCUAUCUAUCUAUCUAACUAUCUAUCUAUCUAUCUAUCUAUGCUCAUUCCUGUUUGUUUCUCUGUGUGCCUGUGCGUAUGUAUGUGUAUAUGCCUGUAUAACUGGCUUGUAAUCUCUAUCUCUCUCUCUCUCUCUCUCUCUCUCUCUCUCUCUAUCUAUCUAUCACCACUCCUCUCUUUCACUUUCUUUUUCCGCUCUCUCUUUCUUCUUGAUAAAGUAAACUGGUCAUGUUUGGAUCGAUCUAUCUAUCUAUCUAUCUAUCUAUCUAUCUAUCUAUCUAUCUAUCUAUCUAAUCUUAGUCAUUUCAUUAUCUAUCUAUCUAUCUAA